ACGUAUGUGAAUGUGAGCAUGAAAUUUGAUAAUAUCAUUUGUAUCCUUUCCCCACCCCUCAAACUCGUCGUUAAACAAUAUUAAAUCUGGCCGCGAAACCGGCCAGAUUCAUCCUCCCCUACUAGCGCCUCAAUCAGCAGGGGAGUAAAUGAUUCAUUUCUCCUCAGGUCCGAGUUUCUACGUCCACCCGGCCCCACCAGUCAGUCUCCGCCGUCCGUUCCAAUCUCCUCACUCCAUCACACCAUGUCGUCACCAUCGCAACAUUGUUUCAAUUUAUAAAAGCAGCAGAGCGUUUGAUUUGUACGAAUCCGGAGAAAGAGAGCUGUCGGAACGAUCGGCGAUGGUGAAGAUUCCGGUGAGGUUCAAGAGAGUGAUGGCGGCGAUGGGCGAGGAGGCUCGUGGCCGCCUGUGCGAGAGCAGCGGCAGCGAACACUCUCCGGCCGUCGAUCUCUCCGACCUGAUCAACUCGUUUAUUGAAAGGGACAACGGAGUGGUGGGAGAAGAUCGGGAGGCGGAGGUGUCGGAGAAGUUACUAGAGAGGGAGGAGCUCGAAUCGGAGCGCGGCGGCGGUAAUUGCUCGUCCGAUUCCGAGACGACGAGUAGUUUGCGGAGUCUGCUGGGGCUCGAGGUGUCAGACUUCGACGACGGUGUUAGGACAAAACUGAGGGCGGAGGCAGAGCUCGCUCUCCGGCACGUCGGAGGGAGCUCGUCGCCGGAUAUUAAGCGCCGGCUGAUGGCUCGAUUGCGCGAGCGGGGAUUCGAAGCCGGUAUUUGCAAGUCGCGGUGGGAAAAAACCAGCCGCUUCCCGGCGGGGACCUACGAGUACAUCGACGUAAACCUCUCCGAGAAGCGAUACAUCAUCGAAUUGCUUCUCGCCGGAGAGUUCGACAUAGCGCGGCCGACGAGCCAGUACACGUCAAUGCUGAGCCUCUUCCCCACCAUCUUCGUCGGCGAAGCUGACGAUCUCAAGCGCGUGGUGAGGCUGAUGUGCACGGCGGUCCGAGAGUCCCUGAAAAGCGCCGACAUGCACUUGCCGCCCUGGAGAAGAAAUGGGUACAUGCAGUCCAAGUGGUUUGGUCCUUACAAGCGGACGACCAACCACGUUCCGGCGAGAAAGGCGGCGGAAUCGGACGACGCUUUUGCGGCUAAUCGGUCGGUGGGCUUCGAGGCCUUGCCGGCGGCGAGAGUACCGUAUAACUGUAGAGAUGGUUCUAGAAGGAAAGGGCUCAAUGGGUUAGGAGUCGGACACUUGGCAGCUGCCCUUAAUGGCAAUUAAUUAUUCAAAAUAAUGCAUGUUGCCGAAUCGUGUGUUCCAAGAGUAAGUAUAUCGAGAAGAUUUCAUACUGAAGUAGAUCUCUCAUCUAAAUGUGAAUUCGACUGGAAUACCAUUUGUUUUCAUUGUGAUUUGUUUUUUAUGAUAAAAUUUUUGAAUGUAGAGAGAUGGAAAUGGAAGCAUUUGUAAAUAUCAUCUUAUUUAUAAUAAAUUUGAAAGAUUUACAUUCA